GCGUCGCCAUAGCCAUCAUCUCUCAUUCUCUAUCAAAGUAUUUCGAGAUAGAAUUAAUAACCCUCGCGGCUAUGGUGUCACUAGGAAAUAUUUCCACCCCAGCCACGAUCUUUCCCACUUGCUACGCUGCUGCUGCUGCCAGAUCGAGCAAACACCAAUGCCGAGCUUCCAUCGCCGCGAGGGAUGAACUGCUAGGGCUCAUCUCCGACGAUGAGAGAGGGCUGAGAAGCCAGAAGGACAAGAGGAGAAAAGAGAGGAUUCUUCGCGCAUUCGAGGCGCUUGCUGCCGAGUCGGCGAGCUCGGAUGGAAUCACCACCGAUUCGCGCCUCUCAGGGACGUGGAGGAUGCUGUGGACGACCGAGAAGGAGCAGCUCUUCAUCGUGGACAAGGCGCCUCUAUUUGGCACUCGCGCUGGCGACAUUCUCCAGGUGAUCGAUGUGGGCGAGAAUCGAUUAAACAAUGUCAUCACAUUUCCACCCUCUGGAGCGUUCGUGGUGGCGUCCACGAUGGAGGUUGUCUCGGACAAGAGAGUGGAAUUCCAGUUUACUGGCGCGCUUCUUCGAAGUGAUACCUGGAGUUUCCCAGUCCCUCCCUUCGGUAAAGGCUGGUUUGAAUCCGUAUACCUGGACGAGCAUAUUCGGCUGGCCAAGGAUAUUCGAGGAGACUUUCUCGUGGUGGAGAGGGCGCCAUAUGAUUGGAUUGACGAAGCGGACUUUUGGAGCUUGAGAUAAAAUCACAGAUAUACUCGUCACGAAAGUCCUGCUUAUGGGUGGCCCAAAAGUUUGGUGUGAUUUGUAGAGUAUUUAAAGGCAUGAAUGUCCCUCAGAUUGAUAACUCACACUAUCCAAGCAGAUUAAAUCGAAGAAAUGGCAAAAUCAAACAUUGUGUU